CCCCUCUCACGCCAUCCAUCCUCAAUCCGAACACAGUAUCCAGUACACACACAUAUUCAAACAUUCCGCUGCCGCCGCCGAAAUAACUCCGUCUCCGCGGGCUAUACAGUCAGACGGGCUGAACUUUCUUUCUCUUCUUUCCCUGCCUCCUCUUUUAUUCUUUUCGUUCUUUUCAUCUUCUCUUCCUUCUCGUUGUCCUCGUUUGGUCAAUCUCCACACUUACCUCCAGUGUACUGUGGGACUGCUACUGUGACUGCGCUACACAACUCCAUCCGGUCCGUACCGACGUCACCACGGUCUAGACUAGACCGGGCCUGAAUCUGCCGAUACAACUCACGCGCGCUGGUUAUGGCCUGAUUGGCGGUACAAAACUCGUUCUGUGGCCGCAGUUGGCGCUGGGUGUCAAUAAAUCGACAAGCGACCGGACAACCCUCUCUUACAGUUUGUUGGUGCGGUCGCCGAAUUGUUCCCCGCGCAGUACCAAGACAUCCGAUCCAUGGCCAGAGAGGACCAGGACCAGGACCAGGAAAAGGACCGGGAUCAGAAUAGUCAUAUGAACAUUGUCCUGGGUGUUGGACUCGGAAUUGUUGCUUUAAUCAUCAUGUGUUUGAUAUUCACUGUCUACUUCAACCGUCGCGAGCGCAGCCCGUCCAAGAAAAGUCGCAGAAAGGACUCGUCAGACAAGCUGCGCAAGCUCGACGCCGUCUCUCCCAUUCGAACCCUCCAGGAAUGGUGGACAAAGGCUCAUGGCCCUCCUCUCCCCUCUGAUUGUCCCGAUAAUCAGUUCAUAUGUGUCGUCUGCCUCGAACCUGUCCUCCGUUCCCAGGAAAUCCGAGAACUGAAAUGCCUCCACGUCUUCCAUCGAGAAUGUCUCGAGAAAUGGUACCUCCAGGACCAUUAUAACUGUCCGCUCUGCCACAGGGCAUACUAUAACCAGGAAAUCCGCCCGACAAACGACUUUGUAUGGAUGGUAUGAUGAUACGACUGAUAGAGUUGAUGAUUGACGACCCAUGAUAUCCUCCUUCGUUUAUAUAUUUCUCUCAACUUGUUGGUCUGGUAGCGGUGUUUGGUGUUC